AUGGAAUGGGCGUUGCAGGCUCAACAGGUUCCGAGGAGCAAUGGGUUGAAUUUGGAACUUAUCAGCUGCAAGGGCCAGAUGAUUGUUACUGACUAUACUAGCAGGUUUGAGAAGUUAUGUCGCUUUUCUCGUAUUUGUCAAGGUGCGCCUGAAGAUUUUACUGAAUGGAAGUAUAUUAAAUAUGAGGGAGGUCUUCGGAGCGAUAUUCUGAGCUUCGUUGCCCCAAUGAAGAUCAGAGUAUUUUCUGAAUUGGUGAAUAAGAGUAGGGUGGCUGAGGAAUGUGUGAGGAAGGCGGCAGCAAAGAAAGGAAGUCUGAGGGGGAGAAGGUUUGGAAAGCAGCCACAGCAGGAUUUGAACUGUCAAAGGUGUGGAAAGUAUCAUCCUGGAGUUCCGUACAGAUCAGGACUUGGGGUAUGCUAUUUUUGUGGACAGCCCAGACAUUUGGCCAAUAAUUGUCCGAAGAAGAGAAAGUAUGAGGCUGGUAGGGUACAGCAGCCAGGGAGAGUGUAUACCACUUCUGCAGCAGGUGCUGAGGGAUCUAAGACACUGAUUAGAGGAGCAACUCAUUCAUUUAUUGCACUUGAAAAGGCUAAUGAAUUAGGAUUGAGGAUGGUGGUUUUAGGUUAUGAUUUGAAAGUGCAUAAUGCUACUCAUGAAGCUACGGUGACUAGGUUAGGAUGUCCACAAGUUCCAUUUCGAAUACAACAGCGUGAAUUUGUGCACGAUUUGAUUUGUUUGCCGAUGAAUGGUAUUGAUCUUAUUUUGGGAUUGGAUUGGUUAUCCAAGAAUCAUGUUUUGCUUGACCGUUCUGAAAAGUCAGUACAGUUUAUGCCGGAAAGGUCGGAAGCACCGGUUAUGGUGAAUAGUUACUAUUUAAACUCUAUGAUAGUAAAUUAUUCUGGAAUUGAAUAUCAGGGCAUUAUGUUAUUAACUGCGGGAGUAUCAGGUGAUGAUCAAAGUUUAGAGCAAAUUCCGGUUGUAUGUGAAUUUCCAGACGUGUUUCCGGAUGAUAUUAAUGAAUUUUCACCUAACCAGGAGGUUGAAUUCUCAAUUGAGUUAGUGCCUGGAGCCGGUCCGAUUUCGAUUACUCCUUAUAGGAUGUCACCUUUAGAAAUGGUUGAACUGAAGGCUCAGCUGGAAGAUCUGUUGGUAUUCAUGGAUUAUAUGAACAGGAUUUUCUGGUCGUACCUGGACAAGUUUGUCAUUGUCUUCAUUGAUGAUAUUCUUGUUUACUCUAAGACUGAGGAGGGGCAUGCUGAUCACUUGCGAACUGUGCUGCAAAUUCUGAGAGACAAGAAGUUAUACGCUAAGUUAUCUAAAUGCGAGUUCUGGAAGAGUGAGGUGAAGUUUCUUGGUCACGUAGUGAGCAAGCAGAGAAUAUUUAUGGAUCCUGCUAAGCUUGCCUUACCUUUAACUAAGUUGACUAGGAAGGAUACACCUUUUGUCUGGACUUCGGAGCGUGAGGAGAGUUUUCAAGCAUUGAAGCAAAGGUUGACUACUACACCCGUGUUGAUAUUGCCUGAGCCAAGUGAAUCGUUUGAAGUAUACUGUGAUGCAUCAUUAAAGGGAAAAGCGAACGUUGUGGCAGACGCCUUGAGUCGGAAGUCUUUAUAUGCAGCUUGGAUGAUGUUGCGAGAAGGCAUUUCAAGUGAUUUUAAAUCAGAACUUCUGAAGGCUCAUCAAGAUGGUGAAGCAUUACGUAAAGUAUUGCCGGCAAUUGAACAGGAAAAGCAGUGGAGAGUGUCAGAAGGUAAGGAUGGUUUAUGGAGGUUUAAGAACCGGAUUGUUGUACCAGAUGUCGGACACCUGCGACAAAGUAUCUUGAAGGAAGCUCAUAAGAGCGGGGAUCCUCGUUUUACAUCAAGGUUCUGGGGAGCCUUUCAGCGUGUAUUUGGGACUCAGUUGAGUUUGAGUACUGCAUAUCACCCUCAGACAGAUGGUCAGUCAGAGAGAACUAUCCAAACCUUGGAGGAUAUGCUAAGGAUAAAGAAGAUUCGUAGCCGAACGCUUAUAGCCCAGAGCCGUCAGAAAAGUUAUGCUGAUCAAAGGCGAAAGCCUUUGGAGUUUGAAGAAGGAGAGCAUGUCUUUCUGAAGGUUACACCAACCACUGGAGUGGGAAGAGCUAUUAAGACUAAGAAAUUGAAUCCCUGUUAUAUUGGACCGUUUGAGAUCUUGAAAAGAAUUGGGCCGGUGGCUUAUAGAAUUGCCUUACCGCCGUAUCUUUCGAACUUGCACGACCUGUUUCAUGUGUCACAGCUUCGGAAGUAUACUCCUGACGCAAGUCAUGUCCUAGAACCGGAACCGAUUCAAGUGAGAGAAGACCUAACACUUCCAGUAAUUCCGGUGAGAAUUGAUGACACUAGUGUUAAACGAUUGCGUGGAAAGAAAGUAUCACUGCAAAACGCUGAAAGCCAUCAACAGGGGAGAAGAAGGAAGAAACCCCAAUGCUACGGUAAAUAUCAAAACGCCGUAAUUCCUCCGUUUGAGUUCCGAUCGCUGCACCGUUUGUGGCCACGUGACCACCGCGUUGAGCUCUACGUUUUUACUGGAACAAUUUUAUAG